AUGUCUCCUCCCACCAUCGCUGAGCCUUCCUUCGGUUCUAACAUCAUCGAAGACAAGCGCUCAGACGGCUACUGGGUUGAGACCUUUCACUUUGACAAGGAAGACCCCGUUCCCGGUAUCAUCACUUCCGGCUUGGUCUCCGGCGAGAUCGAAUUCAUCGACAACCCCAUCGCCGUCCACGCCGCUUCUGAGAAAGCUGGUACCAACGGGUAUCACAACCCCGAGGUAACUCAGCCAUGGACCAAGCAUCUCAUCGGCAAGUUCGAUAGCCCCGUCGCCGUCGUAGCCUGUGACAUCACCAAGAAUGGCCUCAUGGAUCUCAUCAUCUGCCAUACCUACGGCCCUUUCAUGCUCAAGUGUGAUAUGGCGGGCGGUUGGGUCACUUGGCUUGAGAACCCUGGUCGUGAUAAGCUUGGUGAUGGGAAGUGGAAGGAGAGGAAGAUUGGACGAUGGCCUGCUAUGCAUCGUAUGAAGGCUGGUUACUUUACUCAGAAGUCGUUCCUUGAGGUGGUUGCUGCUUCUGUUGUUACUCCUAUCCCUAUCAUCCGAUUCCAGGCACCUGAGAACGUUUUCGACGCUACCGAGUGGCCCCGAAGCAUCAUCGACGACGAGCACUUCACCGUCAUCCACGAAGUAACCCAAAAGAAGUUCGACGGCCCAGACGGUCUCGACUCAAUGAUCAUCUCCUCCCGCGAAGGAACAACCUGGCUCCACUACGAAGACAACGUCUGGAAGCGCGACAUAAUCGGCAUCGGCGAACCGAAAGAGCCCCGCCAACUCCCCAACUCUCUGUCCCCCGGCUCCGGCGACCACUGGGGAUCUGGCUGCGCGGACGUUGGCAAGUUCGGUGAUGAUCCUUUCGCUUACAUUGCCACUUUAGAUCCUUUCCAUGGAAUUUCGGCGUGUGUUUACACCAAGACCAACCGUGGUCUUAAGAAUGUCGAGUGGAAGAGGCAUGUGCUUGAUACUUAUGGAACGCCUAACCAGAGACUUAAGAGGGGUGAUGGACCGGGUCAUUACAUUGUUUGUGCUGACUUUGAUGGCGAUGGUAACGAUGAGUUCCUGCUUGCGCUCUUUGGGCCUCUUGAUCGCGAUGAUAAGGACGAAUCUAUACCUCCUGCCCAGGGUCCUCACCCACUGAAGGGCAUCAUGUACUACAAGCCCAUCGAUCUCGAAAAGGGUAUCUUCGCCAAAUGGCGCAUCGCCGACGAAUCCUCCGCCCGUAUUGCUAUCGGCAACUUCGGCGGCGCCGGCAAACUCGACCUCGUCUCCAUCGGCUACAAUGUCAAGCAGUACUACGAAGAGCCCAAGCCCGUAACAACUCUUCACCUCAACAAAACCGUGUACGCCUCCGAGACUCCAACCCAAGCUCCUAUCGUUCCCACUGCUUGGGAUAACGAGGGUCUUGUGUACCUUGCUCGACCUCAUGAAGUCCAGCAAUCGCAAAAGCUUCCGCUCAUCGAGGUGGCCAACUACGCUAUCAGCAUCGAACUUCACCCCAAAGGUGGGAAGAUUCAGCUUCAGAAGGAAGACGGUAUUAAGGUUCUGUACGGCUCGAUCCAUAACGGAGAUGAUACUCGCAAACCACUGGGUAACUCGGGCUUCCCUGCCAUUACACCCGUUACCAGCAAAGACUCCACUUUCAACGCCGGUGAUAACGGUGCUAUCGUUCUUCGUCUUGUCCCUACCGGCCAGGACGGCGAGUGGGCCAAGACCGAAGAUGUCCCUGUUAAGACCACCUUUGAACUUAACAAGCUCGGUCUUGGUCUCGAGGCUCUCAAGUUCAAGAAGGUCGAGGAUCUUUGGUUCGGAGGGGCCUUCAAGGGCAAGGAUUUCUGGAACAUGACUGGUUUCCACUUCCGUUUCGCGGAUGAUAAGACUGAGAUUGCACACAUGCAGUUCUGGACAGCUGGCACCAACGUUGACUGUGGCGUACACAACCACUCCGGCGAUAUCUUCGAGGAGAUUCACAUCUGUCUUUCUCCUGGUACUGGCAACGGUGGCAUGUCUCGUCUCAAGGAUGGCAAGACCAAGGCUACCAGCGAGAAGGACUUCGACCAUGUCGCGCUCCCACGUCUCUAUGAGCAUGGUGGAAUGUGGUACCGUGAUUCGUAUGGCAAUGCUGUGCGAAACAAGGAGAAUGCUGUUUCGUACCCUUACCACAAGUGGCAGGCUGGCAGUGGACCUAACCUUGAUGUUUGGAUGGCUUUGGAGUUCAACCCUGAUAUUGCUCUUACAGCCUGCCAGGGUAUUGUCGUAGUGGAGUUGGACCCAGCGGAUAAUGCAGAGGCUAUCAAGGCACCGGCUGUGCAGAAUUGGCUGAGAGAACUCAGACAGAAGCUCAAGCUCGUGAAUGAGCUCUUCAUGGUCACGGGCCUCAAGAUCGUCAAGGGUGCCCAGAUCAAAUACUCUACGUCACAAACAACUACGGUCAAAGGUAAUAUUGGUGUCGACAUUCCAUCCCUGGGCACAACCUUUGGCCCGAAAGGUCAUUGGACUCGCACGAAUGGUGAUACAACGGAGUCCAAUCGUGAGUCUGAGUUCGUCUUUGCGUUCUCUGUGAAGAGGUUGAGGUUUGGGCGGAGAGUCAAGCUUGAGGAGUAUACUGAGGGCGCUUUGAUGAAAUUUGGUGGAAAGAAGGAUGAUGAUGAAUGUGUGUUGGUUGAAGAAGUGGAUGGAGCUGAACUUGAGACUUCUGAGCUUGCUCUCGAUGAAACUGGGCAUGGGGACGUCUAUUGUGUUCGAGCUUAA